GGGAAGGAGGGAGUGGGAAGAGCAGUGGGGCUUAGAGGCAGCUGAGGCUGCAGGCUGCCCGGAAGACCCCCUUCGGGACUGCGGGCUCCCGCUCCAGGACGGGACUCUGGGCACCGGAGGCUGCCGCAGCCUGCGUGGGCGACGGGGCCAGCGGGCCACAGGCACCGCAGGAUGGACCUGGAAGCCUUGCUGCUGACCACCGGCCCCAACGCCAGCAACACCUCGGCCGGCCGGGACAACCUCACCUCCGCAGGGCCACCUCCUCGCAGAGGGAGUGUCUCUUAUGUCAACAUCAUCAUGCCCUCGGUGUUCGGCACCAUCUGCCUCCUGGGCAUCGUGGGGAACUCCGUGGUCAUCUUCGCGGUGGUGAAAAAGUCCAAGCUGCACUGGUGCAGCAACGUCCCCGACAUCUUCAUCAUCAACCUCUCGGUGGUGGACCUCCUCUUCCUCCUGGGCAUGCCCUUCAUGAUCCACCAGCUCAUGGGCAACGGGGUCUGGCACUUUGGAGAGACCAUGUGCACCCUCAUCACGGCCAUGGACGCCAACAGUCAGUUCACCAGCACCUACAUCCUGACCGCCAUGGCCAUCGACCGCUACCUGGCCACUGUCCACCCCAUCUCCUCCACCAAGUUCCGGAAGCCUUCUGUGGCCACCCUGGUCAUCUGCCUCCUGUGGGCCCUCUCUUUCAUCAGCAUCACCCCCGUGUGGCUCUAUGCCAGGCUCAUCCCCUUCCCAGGGGGCACGGUGGGCUGUGGCAUCCGCCUGCCCAACCCGGACACUGACCUCUACUGGUUCACCCUGUACCAGUUUUUCCUGGCCUUUGCCUUGCCCUUUGUGGUCAUCACGGCUGCGUACGUGAGGAUUCUGCAGCGUAUGACGUCCUCCGUGGCUCCCGCCUCUCAACGCAGCAUCCGGCUGCGGACCAAGAAGGUGACCCGCACGGCCAUUGCCAUAUGCUUGGUCUUCUUUAUAUGCUGGGCACCCUACUACGUGCUACAGCUGACCCAGCUGUCCAUCAGCCGCCCGACGCUCACCUUUGUCUACCUGUACAACGCGGCCAUCAGCUUGGGCUACGCCAACAGCUGCCUCAAUCCCUUUGUGUACAUCGUGCUCUGCGAGACGUUCCGCAAACGCUUGGUCCUGUCGGUAAAGCCUGCGGCCCAGGGGCAGCUUCGAGCCGUCAGCAACGACGAAGAGAGGACAGAAAGCAAAGGCACCUGACACGUCCCCUGCCGCCCUGGGCACCUCCAAGUCAGGACACCACAGCCGGCCACGUCCACGGGGAGAGACUGAUGAAAACCCGAGACCGCUCUGGGGGAGUGCAGGGAGGCUGGGCGGGGAGGGGGUUGCUGCUACAAACACCUUCCACGGGGGCCCCCCAUAUUGCUGGGAAGGCUCCAAGCCAGGUCGGGGGCUUCAAGCAUCAGAAAUCCCCUUGGGAGAGCAGGAUGGAAGCUUGGGGUUGAACAGAAGCUGAGCAAGAAGGAAAUGUUGCUUUAAAUAUUCAGUUGAGCCCCGCAUUGGCUAGCUCCCAAAUGUCUUUUUCCUGAGACAAGAGGUUUGUUUAAAGCCAGGCAGGGCCUGGGUGCGACAGCGGGGCCCCACGGCGCAGCACAGGCCCUGGGGAGAUGGGGAAGGUGGUGCCGACUCCAUGCCCUUUCCAUCUCAGUGGCAGGAUGGAGGGCAGCCUCUCUCCCAAGCCGGAGGGUGAUGAGAAAGGAAGCGUGCCGUCUCUCCGUGUUCCAGCAUCCUGUGCUGCUUUCCCUGUAUCUUUAGGGGGUGCAUGUUUACCAUUUGGGGGUGGGGGGGGGGGCUCUGAGCCCACAGGAGUAAAAGCCCAAUGUGCUAGGAGACCCAACUGAAAAUGACAAGGCUCACUGGGCUGGGUGGGGGUGGGGUGUCUUG